GCUGUACUCAACGUCUCACACCAACCACACAACAGCCCAAGGUCGACUUUCCAAGAUGACCCCGGCCAAGGAUGAAAAUAUUCCGGCGGUUUCGCUGGGCUCGCCUGCUCUGCUCGACAAGUUCGACCGUCUGCGCGAUCUGAACAUCAGCCACCUUGUUUCGCUACCUCAACUCGUGGUUGUAGGAGACCAGUCCUCGGGAAAAAGUUCCGUGCUCGAGAGUCUGACUGGUUUCCCUUUCCCUCGCGCCCCUGGAUUAUGCACUCGAUACGUGACCCAGAUCACCUGCCGCCGUGUCAACCAAGAGUCGGUCGCCAUCUCGAUAAUUCCGGGCGCAGGGGCCAGUACUGCUCACAAAGACAAGCUGCGAGCCUUUCACGCCGAGACCACAGAUGUCUACGGAGAGAAUUUUGCGCGUAUCUUCCGGGAAGCCAGUACGGCCAUGGAUGGCAAGCCCGAUGGAGACAAGUCUCUCGACACUUUCAGUGAUGACAUUCUUAAGAUCGAGAUCACUGGACCCAAUCAAUUCCCCCUGACGGUCAUCGACGUCCCGGGCAUCUUCCGCACUGCUACACCUGGCAUGACGACCGAGAACGACAUGGCCCUCGUUAGGGCGAUGGUAGAGCGGGCUAUCAAGGAUGAUCGAACGAUCAUUUUGGCUGUUGUGCCCUGCAACGUUGACAUUGCCACGCAAGAAAUUCUUAAGCUGGCAACCGACGCCGACCCCACUGGAUUGAGAACCAUGGGUGUUCUUACCAAGCCAGACCUGGCUACGGAGAGAGCUACCCAGCAAGUGAUCAUCGAUCUCGUCCUCGGAAAGCGAAACGAUCUCAAGCUCGGCUACUGUGUUGUGAAGAAUCGUAGCGCCGAUGACGACCUUUCUUCGCUUCAAGACCGCGACGACGCUGAGAAGGUGUUCUUCAAGUCCGAGCCGUGGUGCCAGCUCGAAAGCUCGGGGCGAAUUGGAAUCGGCGCCCUUCGACAACGCCUGAGCGGCUUGAUACAGUCCAUCACCAGAAGGGAGUUCCCCCGUGUCCGCGAUGACGUCCAGAAGAAGCUGCAUGCCACUGAGGAGAAGCUCAAAGCUCUUGGAGAUUCAAGGGCCGAUACCAUGAGCCAGCGAUACUAUCUGGCCGAGGUGGCUAGGAGGUUCCAGGACAUCGUCGGUGAUGCCCUUGACGCGAAAUACACCCGUCAUUACCUUUUCAAUGACUCUGACCUGAAGCUGAUCACGCGCAUCAUGGAAUUCAAUGACGCUUUUGCCGCCAAUUUCGCUAUGAGAGGCCACUCCCAGCACUUUGACAAAGAGCAUGAUGGAUCGUCACCUUCAGGCGUAGGACAAGAAACGGAGGAUGAAUCAAGCGAGCCAGGCUCGAGCCAUUUCCCGGAGCUAAACGACAUCCUGCUCAACCGCGACUAUGUCUGCGCAGAGCCACAGGACAACAUCAUGGAUUGUAUUAAGGAAGUCUACCGUUCCAGCCGCGGCCCGGAGCUUGGUACGUUCGGAGGAUCCCUACUUUCCAUGACCUUCAAGGUGCAGACAGAGAAAUGGGAAAGGCUUGUUCACAGCCAUACCAGCGCCGCCAUCGUCCUUGUUCAUACCUUCAUUGUGAAAACUCUGAAGGAAGUCUGCCAUGAUGAGAGAACACGAACUGAGCUCUGGGACACUCUUCUGCUCGAGAAAUUGCAGAGGGCAUACAAGAAGGCCAUGGACCACGCCAAGUUUCUCCUCGACGUGGAGCGCAACGGCAAGCCAGUUACGCUGAACAAUUACUUCUCGGACCGACUCGAGCACGCGCGCGGCGACCGCUACCAAGCGCGCAUCAAAAAGGUGGGGACCGUGCUUCAGCACGGAAAUGCGCGCGGCUGGUGGUUGUCCCAAACUGCGCUGAAUCAGGUGGCUCUGACCAAAUCGGGCAACGUUGACCAUGUGUGCAAGAAAUUGCAUGACAUUCUGCAGAGUUACUACAACGUAUCGCGCAAGCGCUUUGUCGAUGUCGUCUGCCAGUACGUCGUGUAUCACUUCCUCCUGGAUAGCGAGGGCAGCCCGCUCCGGCUCUUUGACACGAAGCUCGUUCUCGGUCUGUCAGACGAAAAGCUCGAUGCCAUUGCCGGGGAGGAUGCAACGGUGAUGGUGGAGAGGGAGCGGCUGGGCCAGGAGGUGAAGAGCUUGAAGGCUGCCAUCAAAAUCCUCCGCAGUUAA